AUGUUCUAUUUAUUUAUCCUGUUCCAUUCAAACAAUAUUCUGAAUGUCCUAUUAGGUAUCUUUCCAACUGAGUAUUUAAACUACUGUGAAUACAGACUCGCAUUAAUCGAUUUGUCAGAUAAAGAAUAUAAAUUUAUGAUAGAUUUCACAUCAUUUCUUUCUAGAUAUUAUUCAUUCGACGAUUUGUUUGAAAUGUACCAAGAAUGUUAUUAUAUGCAAAACUACAAUGUCAAUACCGACACUAUACGUGACGAAUAUUGUGUAAUAAUCGCAUUCUUAAAGAAAAUGACAGAUAUUGGAAUCAAUAAUUUAGAAUGGAGUUUGAUAGAUCGUUAUAGCCCAUACAUUGAUUUGUGGUUCCUAAGAGACGGAAUUGUGCAAGCUCACACAGUGGCCUUCGCUAUUUAUGACAGAUCCAACAAGGAGCAAAGAUAUGAUGAAGUCGGUGAUGAAUUCUAA